CACUAACGUCUUCGUGCUUGUCUUCUGAAGUUUAGGUUCGAGCGGUUGUGCUAAACAGUAUUUUUAAAUUUAGUUAAAUGGAUAUUAUUUGAAUGUAAUAUGGCUUACAACUUUAAAGAUAAAGAAGAGGUGGAACUUUUCCUAAAAAACUUGGGUAUAGAAUAUAGGUUUGGAUGCUUCUCCGAAAAAAAACCAGAAGUUUGCCAUCUAUUGGGUGACUAUGAGGAGAGUGUAAAUAGCAACUUCAAAAGUGCAUUUAAAAUUUACAAAAAUAAUUGUGACACAAACGAUCAUGCACACAGUUGUUAUAAAGCUGGUGGUUACUUUAUGCAGGGCAAGGGUAUACCAAAAAUAGACGACUCCAAGGCCAUAGAUUAUCUAGAAAAAGGCUGUAAUUUAGGAAACGCACGAGCAUGCUAUCGGGGCGCAACUCUCAUUGCCUAUGGGCCGGACAAACUUAGGGACUACAAUCAGGGCCUGGAAAUGUUCGACAAGGCGUGCAGUGCGGAGAUCGCGGAUGCGUGCUUCGCGCUGAACACGUUCUACCUGUUCGGCUCGAAGGACCACAACGUCGCCAAGGACAGCGCGAAAGCGGCACAGUACGCGACACGCGGCUGCGAACUCAACCACCUCGGCUGCUGCUCCAACCUCAGUCAGAUGUACCGGCGCGGCGACGGCGUCCACAAGGACCAAAAGCUGGCCGACAGGUUCAUGCUCAAAGCUAAGGACAUUGAGCGCCAGGAGAGCACUACCAUCGAUUUCGAACUGGGUCUCCGGUCGGGCUCUAGCUGACUUGUAAUAUAUUUCUGUAGAUAUGAUUGAAAAUUGAUUCAUAGAUAUAGUGUCUCAAUAGAUUUGUAAAUACAGUUUGAUAGAUGUCAAUAUUAGUGAAUGGUUUUGUGAAUAAUGAACACAGUGUAAUUUGGUUAUAGCGCCCUCGGCUGUAGCGACAACACGGAUAUAACGUCAUUUAUUUACAGGUUACUUAUUACUAUAAGUAAUUUACAUUGUGAAAACCACGGAUUUAUUGUCCGUAAAAUAUAAACCUUCUUAUACAAUACCAAGAAAAUUGGGCCGAGAACUGAGCAGAUGAGAGAGAUGAACGAGAGGAGAACUGAUAGACUUGAGUUUUUAGCUUAGAUUCAGUUAUACAUACUUGUUAAAGUAUAUGAAUUUCCUAAAUUACCUUUAAAAAGUGUGUUUUCCGUAUAAAAACUUGUUUUUAACUUCCUUGGUUUAAAAUGUAAGAUUUUAAAACAUCUUCUAUAGAGUCAUUAAAUGUGUGUUCCCUAAAAUGGCGUUAUAACCAAGUUCCACUGUAGUAAACUCAAAGCUUGAAUUAUAGCUAAAGACAUUGAUUAUGUUAGGUGUGGUGUUGUGGAAAAUGAAUAUUAAGCUCGAAGCUUGAAUUAUAUAUAGCUAAGGAAGUUAGAAGCUAACACUGGAUUCCCACAUAUCAGUGUCUGGUACAGUGAGCAUAUUAUUUCUAUUUGUUAUUGCUUCACCGGAUGGCUGAGUUGGAAUAUAAUUCUUGACCGAGCGAAGUGAGGUCUAAGAUUCAAGUCGACGGUUUUGCAUUUCUCUUUAUGUUCCGCAUUUACAGCGAAACGCAGCAAUAGAUUUUCAUGAACUUUGAAAGGUAUGUUCCUUUUUGAAUUUCGCGUCGACGUAUACAUAUGGUUUUUUUGAAAUUUGGCAUUUUAAGGAUAAUAUUCAAGAGGAAAAGGAGUCUCCUUUGAACGCCAAUAUUACCGUAAAAAUCAACUUUAGAAUUAUUCAUAAAUCAGCUGUCUAGUGGACCCGUUCAAAAACAUCGAACAUCUUGAAAAUUCAUCUUACCUUCAACGUUAGUAGACAGUUCUUUCCAUAAGUUGAGGCCAUGAUUCUAGUUUUGAGUUAUUGAUAGAAAACAUUUUUCUUUUUUAAUCUGAUGAUUAAAAUUGCAAAAAAUAUUAUUGAAAAGAAAUUGAUUUCUAAAAUCAUGAAACGUUAGAAAUGAAGUCUGUAGGAAAUCAGAAUUAUGGUAGUUUAUUUUAUUAAUAUCAACACACCGAUUUUUCGCCAACACGAAAACACAGAAUGUUCUCUGAUGGGUUGAUUGGAUUGGCUUAUCGACGGCAGACAGACCUGAUAAAAGCGCUCAUACUCACAUUCCGGGACGGCACGUCACGGCACGAUAGGACAGAAAGCUCUUUGUUUAUUUAGAAUUUUUUCUAGACAUUUUUAAUUGAUAAAUUAUUUAUUAAUUUUGAGAAAAAAUAACAACAGGUCAAUGUAACUUACUGAGCGCGAGGUCUACUGUUCACAGAACUACUAGUAUUUUCACUGUACCGGUCACUGACUGACACUGAUAUGUGGGAAUUCGCCACAAGCGUGAUUUCCACAUAUCAGUGACAGUCAAAAAGAUCGACACAGUAAAGAUAUAAUUCCCAUGAGUUCUUAUUGGACUGUUCCCACUCAGCAUGUCCAAGCGGUAUGAAUAGUCUCAUUAGAACUUAUAUAAACAAUAUUCUCACUGUAACGAUCACACUGUCACUGAUAUGGGAAUCCUGGUUUAGCUUCUAACUUAAUCAAUGUCCUUAGAUAUUAUCACUUAGAUAAUUAUAUCACUGUUGUGAAUGGUGUUGAGAAUAAAAUUGGUGCGUUUGCAAGCUAGUGACAUUGAGUUGUUGAACGAAUUACUAAAAUCGUUCUGCUUAUUGUUCACGAAAGUGUGCUUGGCUGAGACAGUUGUUGAAAUAAUUUAUCAAUACACCUCCAAGUCUUACAACAGACCUGUGAAUGUGCGUUUGUUGGGCGCAACUUUUCGAUUUACCUUUGCGACUUAAAAAAGUGGAUGCCUCUUAACAUGAACAAGUAGUGAGGCCGGUUAGGAAAAAUUAACAAAAAUAAAUUGUAUACUGGAAGCUAGGGACAUUGAGUAAACAAGAUGAUAUAAUAAUUGCAUUAAUAAAGUAUAUAUUACUAAGAUUCAUUUUAUGUAGUUUCUGUUGUUGAAAGAUUUUAACUGUUAUAUCUGAACAUUAUGAAAUAAUGAUGAGUAAAUGUUGCCAAUUUUAUUAUAUGCCUCACUUGUA